AUGCCACCUCUCCGGCCCCAAGGCCUGCAGUUCUUGAUCCAAGCUGGCCACAGCCAUGUUUUUAAGUCUGGAAAGGAAGCCAAUACAUGGGAAGAAUACGAGGAUGAGGAAGUGCUGGAUGAGGAAGAGUAUUAUCAGAUUGCUUAUUAUUACACAGUCACCCCUAUUUAUGAUGACUUCGGAAAUUUCACUGUUGAUUACUCCAUGUUUGAGUCAGAAGACAGGCUGAACCAGUUGGACAAAGUAGUGACGGAAGCACAACCAUCAGAGACAUUAGAGACAACUAUCACUUAUGGAACAGAACAAGAAGACCAUCAUAAGGCUGUAACAACAGCACCGAUGCCAGUGGAACCACAAACUCCAGGUGUGACAGAUGCUGUGCCUGGUCUUCAGAGUCCUGCUCCUCUUCUUCUGUCCUGGGCCCUCCUGCAGGGGAUGCUGUAUUUCAUAUAGAAGGAGACCAGGCUGCUACCACUCUUUAGGUGGGAAGAAUAAAUGAAAGAAUAAAAUACCCUUUGGGUUUAUAGAAACAGUACAGGAGUUAACAUGCUUACCUUAUUUGGGGCCAAUCCUAGCUUGAAUCCCUGACACUGCAUAUGGUCCCCCAAACACCACCGGAGCACAGAGGUAGGAGAAAGCCUCAAGCACCACCAAAACCCCAAAAGUAAAUAAAUGCUUCCUCUCUCUUUCA